CUCUGGUUCACUCAACAUCACCCUCCCUGAACCUUUUAACUUCCGUUCUCAAAUUCUAGUUGCUACUGUCAGCACCUACCACUACUUGACUUGCCAAGUGUAGCUGCCUGCUCCACCUGCCGUCCUUCCGCCUUUGCCACUAAACGAUCAGAUCUUCCGGAAAUACCAACAUGAGGCUCUUUUUCGUAGUCCUAUCUGCUCUCUUCGUUACCCCAUCCAUCCUUGCUGCUCCUCUCCCCAUUGAUCUCUCUGGAAGAGCACCAAUCACGGCCCUCCCCGCUCGAAGUCUGCCUCUUCCUGCCAUACGAAACUAUAGCGCAGGGCCAGGAGCUGAGCACGAGCUUCCUCACGGGGACCGCCGACAAUUCCAAUCUGGUCCACAGCAAGCGGAUCCUCCAGCGACGGAAAAUAACUAUUCUGGUCCUGGUACGUGAUGAGUGUCAGCCAGCCGAUGGCGAGGGAGGACAGGAGCGAUUUGGGUCUGGAGAUGCAGGUGUAGUUCGCUUGUGAGGUUGAGAGAGGGACGAGUCAAGGAGAACAGAGGGCACUUACUUUCGCUUUCGCCUCGUGUUGUUGGAUUGCGUCGUCCAG